AUGGUGGCCUGGGACCACUACGGCGAACUCCGCGCGCGCGCAAAGCUGGCCCCGCGCAGGCAAACUCUUGGGGAGCUCGCUCGAUCAAUGAGCGUAGCAAACACCAUCCCCCUCCCUCCCUCCGACGACUCUGACCUCGUCGACAUCCCCCCUGCCCGCGUCGUCCCCCCGCCGGCCCCCAUCACCUCUGCGGUCGCCGUCCCCCCGGCCGUACGGACUCCGGUCAUUUCUUGGGAGGAGAGCGCCCUAGUGACUGCCCCUGCCCGUUCCGCUGCCUCCUCGCCGCCGCCUCGCCGCCGUGAGAGGGCUGGCACUUGGCGCCGCGUGCGUGGCUGGUUCGCGCGGGUCUUCGGUGGGAAGAAGAGGGGGGAGUGA